AGGAAGAUGUAGUAUUUGUUCUUUCUACCCAAUUGUGAAGCCUUACAAAGUCUUUUUCCCUCUCUGGCACAAUAUCGUAUGGAAUUGGAAUACAAGUUCUUAUCUUCUAACUUGUGUGUGAUGGAAGAAAGGUACACUAAUUUAGCAGACAGUCUUUGUGAUUAAUCAAGGGCAAAUGUAGCCAUCACACACCUUUCCAACUGCACCACUUGUCCUUGUUCUAACAUGCUUAGCUACCUCAGCGUGCAUGUCAUUCCCCAAAUGCAUGUAUAUUAACUUGCUACUUCUACUGCCUUGACCUUGCAGUUAACCAGCAAGCAUGAGACCAUCUCAGGUUCGAUACAUAUCAGCACUUGACUCUGACCUCUCUCUGUAUCUCUACCCUUAGCAGCUUGGAUCACUUUCCUCCACAGUCUUGAGCUGUCGAUUCCUUAGACAUGGGGAGGCACUCAUGCUGCUACAAGCAGAAGGUGAGGAAGGGGCUGUGGUCUCCCGAGGAAGAUGAGAAGCUGGUGAAGCACAUAACAGAACAUGGCCAUGGGUGUUGGAGCUCCGUCCCUAAGCAAGCAGGUCUGCAGAGGUGUGGGAAGAGCUGCAGGUUGAGGUGGAUAAACUACCUGCGGCCUGAUCUCAAGCGAGGGACGUUCUCGGAGCAGGAGGAGAGCCUCAUCAUUGAGCUCCAUGCAGUGCUGGGAAACAGGUGGUCGCAGAUCGCAGCUCGGUUGCCGGGUAGGACCGACAACGAGAUCAAGAACUCGUGGAACUCCUGCAUCAAGAAGAAGCUCCGGCAGCGAGGCAUCGACCCCAACAGUCACCAGCCUCUCGGCGACUUCAAGAUGCCUACUCCGACCCCGGAGAACGUCAACCGUGCAGUGGCCGAGAAUUCAAUGGCGUCGACCUGCCUAUCCGAUCCAAUGGCUGUCUUCUCCCUCGCACAGUUGAGCUUUCGCCCUGACGACAGUCCCCAUUGCAGCACAGUGAUCGAUAGUAGUCGGAGCAGCAUGAGCAAAGCUAAUGGAGUGGAGUUACAGAGCAGCUGCUCCUUCGACGGUGGCAUCCUCCCUUGGUCAGAGUUGGCCCCGGACACGGAUGCACAGCUCCACCUCGAAGGGGAGUCAGAAGACCUCAAAUGGUCGGAAUACCUUCAAGGCGUCUUCCCAACACCAUCAGCAUCCCAAACCCAAACCCAACAGUUUGGUGCUUGGCACCAGAACCAGAACCAGCAACAGUUUCUGCUUUCAGACAUCCAUGACAAGGAUUUCUAG